UACAUACAUACGCAAAGAUCGAUAAUUUAUAUCCAAUAACCUGAAAAGAUUUCACGUAACAACUAAGAAAUGGAUAACAAACACUUACAAUAUUCUUCAAUCUUGAUUGUUCUUAUCAUCGUCUUUUGUGCACCUUUUGCUAUCUCUCAAGAAGUUGAUGAUGAAAGUGAGUUCACUUACGAUAUGAAUAGUCCAAACGGGCCAGAUCAUUGGGGAGAGAUCCAUCCUGAAUGGAGAUUGUGUAAAAAAGGAAAGUUGCAGUCUCCGAUUGAUCUCACACAUAAAAGGGUUCAUACGACCUCUAAACUUGGAAAAAUUAAUAGAGAUUAUAAACCUGCAAACACAACUCUUAUUAAUAGAGGCCAUGAUUUGAUGUUGAGAUGGGUCCGAGGAGCAGGACAUAUUCAUAUAAACAAAACUAAGUAUCAACUUAACCAGCUUCAUUGGCACACUCCUACAGAACACACCAUCAAUGGUCGAAGGUUCAAUCUAGAGCUACACUUAGUUCAUCAAAGCAAAAAUAGAAGAAUUGCAGUGGUUGGAAUCUUGUAUAAGAUCGGUCGUCGUGAUUCGUUUCUAUCAAAGUUGGAACCAUAUCUUAAAGCAUUAUGUUCUAAGAGAAAGGUUGAAAAAAGAGUGGGAAUAAUUGACCCUCGAAAAAUAAAGAUUGGAAGCAAAAAAUAUUACCGAUACAUUGGCUCGCUUACGACUCCUCCAUGCACCGAAAAUGUUGUUUGGACCAUUGCUAAAAAGGUUAGAACAGUUUCACGAGCACAAGUUCGUUUAAUCCGCAAAGCUGUUCAUGAUGAUGCUGGGGCUAAUGCGAGGCCUCUUCAACCACUGAAUAACCGUUUGUUGAAGCUUUAUAGACCAGACGACCAUUAAAAAUAUUAAGCGGAUUGGCGAAUUUUAAUUUAAUUUAUUGUUCAAUGUUCAUAUAUGAUUUUAUUAUUUUGUUGUGAUAUUGUAUAUGUAUAAUAAGAUUAUGGUCGACAUAAAUCAGUAAUAAUUCGGUAUGUUUCGUUUC